AUGGAUACCGGUACUUUUCGACGAGGUAGUCUCCAGUACGACCGGUCCAAUCUUCCGGUAUUUCCGGUUCAACGGAAAAUGUCAUUAAUGCAUAUCGGAACUUACGUUAACUUGCAGUAUGGUGGUAGACGAGGUUCGGUACAGUCCGGUAGCUCAUCUGCUUCUACGUCUGCUGCAGCUUCAUCUACACCUCGACUAGCCCAACAUGGAGACAACACUAAUCCAGCUACCCCACCCACCUCAUCAUCAGAAAGCUCAAAGCCUGGUCUGAAAGGCUGGGCAACAGAGCAUGAUCUUACAUCGUCAAGGAAACCAGUCAUUAUGUCUGGAAGUCAUAUGACAAGAAAUGUGCCAUUAACUCCUGCUAAAUCAUCACCAAGUUUAAAUCAAGAUGACUUGGUGAAUACAGUGACUCCUAGAGGUUAUAAUCCAAAAUCUCCUACAUCAUAUACUAUGACAAAAUCUACAACAGACAUUCCUGAAAAUGUGAAUAAUUAUGAAAAUGUGACUUCACCUACAAGUCCCAAAAGUCCCUCAUGGUAUCAGCAAAAAUUACCUAAUAGAUCUGUGUUUGACUUUUCUUCUUCCGCUUCUGGCAGAAGAACUAGUCCUAGAAAUUCAUACGCUGGAAGUAGUCCAAGGAACUCUUAUGCUAGUGGAAGUCCUAGAAAUUCUUAUGCUAGUGGGAGUCCUAGAAAUUCAUAUGCUGGAUAUUCUUCAUCUUUUGUGCCUUCAAAUUACCCAACAUCCCCUGUGUCAGGGUUUGCUCCUAUGUCAAUAUCUGGCAGUAUGUUUUCACAAUCUUCUACAGACUCUAGUAGAACUGGUGCAAAUUAUGGUCAAAAUCAAAAACAUUCUGGUGCAAAACAAUAUAGUCAUGAUGAUACACCUACUCAUACAUCAAACAAAAACUAUGAUCGUAGGUCGUUACCGCCACAAGCAUUACAUCAGUUUAGACAAGAAUUUCAGAGAGAAAAUAAACAAGAAUCGCCAAAGCAAUUAACGAGCAUGCCCGUGACUCGAGAAGAGGAGGAACUUGACAAGGAAGUUCGGGAUAUAAAACCUGGUCCGCCUAAUGAUCUAGACACACGUCCAAUGUAUUCUCCCCCAGCGCCACCUGUUAGAGACAUUUCUAGCUUGAAAUAUGUUUCUUAUAGACAAAAUCAUGAAAAAUAUCCAUCAUGGCCUGUGACUGCAGCGCAGCCACCGCAAAAUCUUGGUCCUCCUAUAGAUACACAGCAAAGUGAAAAAGGGAAUGAAAGUGAAAAUAGUGCAAGAAGUGAUAAAAUACAGGUUCAUGUAGUCAAACCUGAAGGUAAAAGAAGUCCCAGUGUAGAUAGAAGGAGUAGUGAAGAAAAUAAAACGCGAAAUCAAAGUGAUCCUGGAUUUAAGCAAAAGCCAAAGAAAAACUUUUAUACAACCAGAAAGCCAAAAGAACAAAGCCCUGAAGAGAAGAAGCCAGAAGGUGAAAGAUUUGAUGAAUUUUGUAGACAAUCUAAGCCAGGAUAUCCCCCACCAAAGCUUGAUCCUGAUGGCCAUAACUAUGGUGAUGAAAAAUACAGUAUUCCUUCCCCGCCAGAACGAGACAUGCCAAAUCUUGAUGAAAAGUCUCUUGUAGAGAAAAUAGCAGCUGUGAUUUCACCAAAUUCUUCUUAUCAACCAGUUUACCACCAUACAUUUCAGUACAAUAUGGCAGCUGAAAAUAGCCAGCCAAGAAACCAUAAAUCCGAGGCCUCUUCAAGUCAAAUGUCAAAUUCACAAGUAUCUAAAUAUGCUGGAACAUAUUUCCAACAGGCAAUGAAUGCCCAAAAUUUGUUACGCCCAAAUAGUUUGUCUCAUAAUAAAAACAUGGUAGACUCUGGAACUAGUCCACUUCAAAGUCCAAAUGAAGACCGAGGUAAAUUUUUAAGGACACUAAGUCCACAUCCACGAAGUGAAACUGGCAUCUCCUCUUCAGAUAAGCCAAGGGGGGUAAUUGUAACUCAACGGCCAUAUUAUAUACCGGGUGACACAGGAUUAAAUUCUUUAUCAUCUGUUGCUUCAUCUGUGUCAACUAUGAGGUCUGAAACUUCUUCUCACAGUUCAGGAAUUGGGACUAUGACAUUCAGUGACCACUCAAGUGCCCCAAUGUUGAGAAAGUUAUCAGAGGAAUUUUAUCGGGGAAAGUUAUCAGGAACUGUUCCUAACGAAAAAAGGAUGUCCUCUGCUUCCACCUAUGAGGAACUAAAAAGUCCGCGUGAUUCAAUGUUUGGUGGUAUGAAAGAAGCAGAAUCAUAUAGUAGUGUUGUGAUACAUGCACAUGAGUCUUCAGGAAUAUUCGGUAGGGAUGAUGUAGGCUCAAGUCCAAGUAUUAGUUCUAAACCUGAAGUUUCAGACAGUGAACAUGAACUGUAUGGUGAUAAUAGGCAUAAGGCACGCUACAGCAUGGACUCUGCCACAAUGUUGCAAAAACACCCGGGUGGCAUGAAUAUGCCUCCGCGAGGUCUGAAUGAGUCAAGGUUUACAUCGGAGAGUAAUUUAUCAGGUGCAAGCUAUAACCAACGUCCCCACAGUCAAAGUUUGAUACACCUGAAUCGUCCAUCGUCAUCACUAGGGGAGGCGAAUCAGUCUCGGCAAUUUUCUCAAAGUACGUAUUCAUCAUCAUCGUCAUCAUCUAGGCCACAUGGCUCAAUGGAAGCACGAUCCUCCGGAAGUCGUGUUGGUUCAGAUUCAAGUGCAAAGGGAGAAAAAGGGAGAAAUGGAUCUGAUUCAGUAUUCUAUGAUAGAAAUUCACCUGUGUCUCAAGAUAGUAAGAAAGAUAGUGCUAAAAGUGCUACUUUAGGUAGAAAAGAAAGUAUGAAAAUGGCUUAUGGAACUUACGAUGAAAAUGAACAUCAUUAUGCCACACCGUAUGGCCAUCAGCGAAAUAGUAGUGAAGUGUUAUCCCCAAAUGCUAACGAGACAAAUACAGUACAUGGGAGGUCCAUGUCAUUUAAUGAUUACAUGCCUAUGCACAUGGCCCAAAGUGAGGCUUACCGUCUAGACAAAAUAAAAGAAGAAGGAUCAGAAAUCAGAUGGCAAGAAGCUGUCAAAAAAUCUAAGUCAUUGUCAAGAGUGAAUACUUCAAAUUAUGAGAAUAUUUCAAUAGGCUUGAAGGAAGGAACUUCGAGCAGAAGUAGUGACUCUGAAAGGUCAGACACUGAUAAGAAAAAAGAAUCAAAAGGUUUAAGAAGGAUUGUGUCAGAACAGUUCAGGCCAAAAAAACAAGAUAAAAGUUUGCAGAGAAAGAGUGAUUCUAAUAAAAGUGAAUACAAUUCAAGUGGGGGAGAAUCUUCAAAGGGAAAUAAAUCUGAUGGUGAAACUUCACAGAAAGUUUUGUCUCAUCAAAACUUUUCAGACUCUGAUCUUAAAAGCGUACAGCAAAGAGCUUUGUUAGAUUUUGUUGAGAGAAAAAGUGAUAAAUCAAGAAGUUCAGACAGCUCUGAACCUGCAAGUCCUGUAGUUAAAGAUACUUCUCCAGGAUAUCCCCCACCCCCUCCCCCAGCUGAUAGUGCUUCCCCAGUAAACACUACAGCAGUUCCCCAACAACCUGCCUCUCCAUUUGCUGAUAUAACCAAACGUUACAACUACACAAAAGCUCAACGCAAUGAGAGUUUACGCAGAACACAAUCCAUUAAUCCAAUUCAUGCGGGAUUCUGCCCCCGACUAUUUGGAUAUUUAAAAAGGCAGAGCGCAGCUAUAACAGUGGAUAGACUUCCCCUCAGGGGGAGCAUUCUAGCUGAACAAGACAGACAAGAACAACUACCAGAUCCGAGUAAUCCCAGAGCCCGAGAUCACUGUAACUGGGCAUUAAAACUUUAUAAACUGGACUUCAGCACUGCAUGUAACUAUUCCAAAAAUGUGUACACAAUGAGUGAAGUUCAACAACUCUCUGAUACUGAAGUUGAUAUAGAAAACAACAUGGGAAAUUUAAAAGAACCUCUUGAAAUAUUGAUUCCACAACAAGGAAAUAAUGACAGUAUGGUGACAUCGCCGAUUUAUCACAAUUUAUCUACCGGGGAUUAUCCCAGGCGACCCCCGCCUCCGGUCCCCGGCGUCAAUGAAGAAGCUCCCCCUGCGUUACCUCCAAGGUCAUACCAGAAAUUUACAAGCAGUAAAUCUGAAUCAUUUUUGUUAUCUGGUGUGUCUCAAAAUCAAAGAGAUGAAUUGAAAGAAUCAUAUAAUCGUGACACUGCAAGUGCUGGUUCUAGUCGCUGGGACAGUAGUGGUACCGGAACACUGAAAGAGGAUGCAUACGCGCAACAGCUCCGUAGACAAGCUAGACGCUACUCAGAACAAUCUAAGCCUAUAUCAAUGCAAGUUGUUUCCACCAAGUCAACUGUUCAAGUAUCAUUAUCACAGUCUUAUAAACAAGAACCUACGACGGCUCUAGAAGCUGUUCCGGUACAAAAACUUACUCCAGCGUCUUCACCAAUACAAACUGAUGCUAAAGCAAGUGUUUAUAAUCAUUCUCCCCCGUCUUCUAGGGACAGGCUUACACCAGAACCCCCGCCCCUCCCCACACCUUUGAAAAACGGGGAGACUGAAAUAUCCGUGGACUUAAAUACAACUGCAGAUUUCCCUCCCCCUCCGGUUGAGUUUAUGUCUGGUACAGAAUUGGAGCAAAAUAAGGACAGGUGUGCUGAUGACUCGUAUGGUUCAUACAAGACUAGAACAGCGCCGAGGGAACUAGGGAAAUACAAGAGAACAUCGUCCGAUACCAGUUUACUGAGAUCACACCAAGAUUCAAAACCGUUCCGCCCACAUCCUGAUCUGAACAGCAGAGAUGUGGCUGAGAUAACACCAAAUAAACCUCCGAGAAAGAAACUUGAACUUCACGGACGUAAUUCACCAACACAAGGUUAUCGAUCCAACAGUCCUGCUUUACAUGGCGUAGAUAGCCAGAAACCAGCUCCUCAAGUGCCUGCAUUCCAACCAGCUGAAGUAAGUACUGUACAGCAUGCGCAAAAGUCUAUGGCAAAGCCACUGCCACAAGUAUCAGUGCAAAAAUUAACUUCACCAUCAAGUGUUUCAAAUACGUCAGGAAGUUUUGUAAGCACAGUUGUUCAAAGGCCAGCAAUGAACCAAGCACAGGAAAAGACCCUAACUGAGGAGGAAUUAAGGUGUUCAGUUAAGGACCGUGUUAAAAAUAUUGAAGUGUUCAGUCAUUCUCCAGUUUCUUCAAAAAGCCAGCGGCAAUCUGGCGAUCCUGCUAACAAGGGUUCAAUUUCACCGGAUGAGAAGGAUGUUAAUGCUGCCGAUUCUUUAGAACAGUUGGAAAGCUCAAUAAAAAGUAGUGAUAGUUUUAGGGAUAGAUUAAGACCUGUUGUGAAAAGGGUUGACAAUGAUAAACCUGAACAACAGGUAACACCGGAACGAGUCAGUACAGACGCCGCAGAUAGUGUUAGAGUGACACCACCAGUUGUGCCUAACCGGACAUACAGACAAAAACAACCUAGUGUUCCAAAUGAACCAGUGUUUAGGAAAAAUUCAUUCCAAAAUCAUAAUGCGCCUAGACCCUAUGAAAGUAGAAAUUCUGGAAGUGCAAACAUUCAUAAUCCAUUAAAUCACAAUAAUUAUAAUAACUAUAAACCUGGUUCAGUGCCCGAGUCAAAAAGAAGCCCAGGUCAGUCAGUACCUGAGCCUCAGGUACCAGCACGGCCUCAGAAGCAGAACUUGGGCCCCUAUAAUGAACAAAAUCUACGUGAUCAAAAUUCUAAUAUUCCUAGUCCAGAUACAAGACUGAAACCUAAUUACACUGAUGAAAAUGUGCAAAAAAGAGAAAAUACGCAAACACCUACUUUAUCUAGUGGAAAUAAAAGAAACUAUGAAAAAUCGUUUUCAAGAUCACGGACUCAUUCUUCAGGCAGUUCAAAUAAUUCCCAUAAUUCAGACAGCCAUCAAAGUGAUAAAAAUGUUGCUAAUUUCCACACUAGGCUUCCAGGUAAUACUCAAAGUGAGCAAAAUGUGAGAGGUAACUCUCAUAGGAAUGACCAAAGAGGUGACUCGUUUGAACACAGACCACAGUCACAUGAUCAUAGGUCACCAGGUCAAAGUAGAAACUCUAGUAGUGAGCUUCGUAAUGUAAGGUCACAUUUACAUCAUGUAGACAAUCAUGUUGCGAGUCGUAACAAUAGCCAAUCAGAAUCCAGUUCUAGGACUAAUAAUUAUGAUGCACCAUGUACUGAUGUAUCAAAUAAAUCACGAGGAAGUGUAACAAAUCCUGAGAAAGAUCGUCAUGGUUCACAUCUAGUCACAGUGAAUCAUGGCCGUCAACCUUCGGCAGAAGAAUUGGAAUGUGAUCAAAAGGCCCAAGAGCUUGCUAAAGUAUUAAAAGACAGUGAUAAACAACUUAGUGAGGUGCUAACAUCGGACAGUAAGAAAAUACGUAUGCAGUAUUUGGAUGGUUUACUUCCUGUUGACUCAGAUGAAGGUCAGGAAAGACGACCUCGUUCUGGUACAAAAACAGAACCUUCGGCUGAAGAACAGAAGGACAAAACAGACAAUGAACCAACAUCUCCUAUGCCCUCAAACUAUUAUGUGUCACCACCAAAAGCUAUGAUAGAAUUAGAGAUCAGAAAGUUUGGUGAUCAACUUACACAAGACAUAGGUGAUAAUGAUUCCCUCGCUGAGAAAAAGGAGGAGUUAUUACAGAGUAUGGUAAAGAAGGUAGAUGUUCUCAAAGACGACAAGAAGGAAUUGUUGAUUGAUAUUGAAGAGAAUGAAUCCCUUGGAAAACAGGUGGCAUCAUACGUAGAGAAGCAUUGUCGUAAUCAACAAGAGAAGGACAAGUACAAGUCCUACAUUGAUGACAUUGAUAAGAUUAUACGUCUUCUCCUGAAACUGUCCGGUCUGCUAGCACGUGCCGAGAACACCAUCCAGGGUCUGACUGAAAAUACCAAUGAAAAAAUCAAGAAAAUGACGUUUGACAAGCGAGAUCGUCUGUACCAGCAACACGAGGACGCGAAGGAGCUUAAGACGGAUAUUGAUCGUCGUAGCGACCAAGUGGAGGCCAUUUUACAUGAUUGUUUCACCGAGGCACAACUUGAAGACUAUCAUUAUUACAUUAAAAUGAAGUCAAAAUAUACAAUACAGAUGCAAGAAUUGGAGGAUAAAAUCACCCUCGGAAAUGAACAAAUCACUGCAUUACAGAAAAGUAUACCGACCAAAUCUAAGUCAUAGAUAAGAAACGUUGAUGUGACAGAUUAGUGAAAAAUUUACUUUUGAGAGGAUACUGAAGUGUGUACGUAACAUUGUAAAGAAAUGAAGAAUUAUGUUGUGUAAGAAAAGCAACAGUAACAACAAAGAGUGACAAUCUGUGAUUGAUACAACAAUAAAUAAAGUAUAAAAGUGCACUUGUGUAGAAAUACAUAAUGAAUAUGCAACUUGACAGCCUAAUGGUGCUUUAUUAUGAAUAAUUCUUGAGUGGAAAACAACAGAAAUCCUUCCAUAUUGUUGACCAUAGAGAGUGGGUUUUUUUUUCAUUCUUUUAUUAACCCGUAACCUGCUAUUUAGUGGAUCUGUCCAGCUUUGAAUUUAAAACAGUCUAUUCAAAGUUCAAGGGAUUUCAAUAUCAAAAUACAAAAGUUAAGCUGCCAACUGUAUAGAGCCUGGUUAGACUGCACAGAUGUACAGGCUGGCGUGGCUAUAUACUGGUGGCAAAGUCUGAUCACUUUUGGUUCCAGCAGAUUAAGGGUUAAAAAGAUUUUUCUGACAAGUUAUCCAAGAAAGUCAAACUGUUCAGGGGAUUUAAUGACUUGAAAAAUAAUUUUUUAAUGAAAUUUUAAAAAAUUUGAACGGCAGUUGAGUUAUUUAGGGAAAGGAAUGAAUUUAUUAUUUAAGAAGGUAAAGGUUGGGGGAACAGAGUAAAGGUAUUAGAAGUAAAUCUUGAGGAAUCCUGGUAAAUAUACCAAAGUCUUUCGAUAAAGUAAAACCAUUUCAUUUAUGAAUCAUGAGAAAAGUAUAAAUGAAAAUGGCUUUUUUUUUUAAAUAUUUAUUUUUGAUUUUAUCUUCUCCUUGAUGCUUUGUGUUUAUUUAUUUCGAAGUCUUUAUUUAUCUAAAUAGAGACGAAUAAAGGCAUUUAAGGUGAAAUAGUUUUUGUGAGCACUUACUGAAGAAUGUAUUAAGGGAGAUUGUGUUGAUUAAAGACAAUGGAGUAACUAUAUACAUGAUUAUAGUCACAAACAAUUGUGAUGAGAGAUACAGAAAUUGGAAUUUUAAGUGUAAAGGUGGAGAAAGCUGUAAGCUGCCAUUUCGAAAGCUCCGUGCAAAACAGAUGUAACUCCUGGAAUGACAGGGUUAUAAUUACAAUCUUUUUGCACUAUGGGUUUCAUUUACAUGUGUACAUUAGAUGUAAAUUACAUGUUUACAUUCAUUGUAAGUUUCCUGUUCAAUUUUUUUUUCCUACAGCUAACUUUCAAUCUCCAUUUUCAGUUAUUGUAUUAUAAAAAGUGCACUGUAUUAAAAACGGGACCAAGUCCCUUUAAGAAAUGUUACAUUUAUUAAUAGAGAAAUGUUUAUUAAUAUUUUUUCCUGCAUUAUUUUUGUUUCUUAAAAUUUGACUCACAUUUUUAGUUGUCAAUUAUUUUUGGAACGUUAUUGUUUUGUAUAAAAUGUAUAUUGUUGAAAGCGUGUAUGUAUGUAUAAUUUUGUACAGUAGUAAAUGGUUAUUCUUUGAAAAAAUAAGGGGUAUUUCAUAGGUUUUUACUAAAAAUAAAAACUAUCUACUUGUUUAGAUGUGAUGAAAUUUUAUUGUCUUACAACAUGUGAUAAAUAACAGUGCUAAUACUUUCAUUUCAUCUUUUUAAAGUUGUAAUAUUGUUUACUCAGCAAUUUUUAAAUGUCUAAAUUUGCUUAAUCAGCAUUUUGCAAUCAGUUGAAAAUGUCUGACUGAACAUCUUGUACCAUAGUCUCAAAUGGAAUAAUUAUUUCAUACAUGUACAGUAAACUUUUUAUUUAUUUGACCAAAGUUUCAAAAUUGAAUUAUUGCUUGUAAAAAAAAAUGUUUUUGUUUUGGAAAAGAAAAUACAUGUAUUUUAUUUUUGACCAUUUAAAUAUUUUGUUCACUCUAAAAAACAUUCUCAAAUACAUUCCAUGUGAAAACAUUAAACCUCAUAUCAAGGAAAUUUCUUCUCAUAUUUUUCAGUCUUCAUAUAGGUUGCAUUGAAGAAGUAAAUGUUUCUUUUAAUUUUUGUAUAAAUUGCCAUGCCAAUGAUAAUUGUAAAAUCAGAACAUUUUACUUUUGUCAUAACUAUUUGUCUAUACAAAAACAGCAACGUUCAUCCAAAUAAAAAAAUUAAAAUGUGUGUAAUCAA